UCCCCGCCCUCCUCGGGCAGCGGCCGGGACGCGGCGCGGGGCGGGCUCGGGGCCGGCACCGCCCCAAGAUGGCGGAGUACGUGCAGGUGGUGAAGCGGGCCCUCAAGCACCUCAGCGGCCACGGCGGCGUCCGCGGCGCCCUUUGGCAGCUGCUGAGGGUCAAUGAUUUGAAGACUGGUACGCUGGUAGGAGUUGACAAAUACGGAAACAAAUACUACGAAGACAAAAGAAACUUCUUUGGUCGACACAGAUGGGUCAUAUAUACUACUGAAAUGAAUGGCAAAAAUACGUUUUGGGAAGUUGAUGGAAGCAUGGUGCCCCCUGAGUGGCAUCGUUGGCUUCACUCGAUGACGGAUGACCCUCCAACUACUCAUCCACCAGUUGCUCGUAAAUUUAUCUGGGAGAACCAUAAAUUCAAUCUGAGUGGUACUCCUGGACAGUAUGUACCUUACUCUACUACUCGCAAGAAGAUACACGAGUGGAUCCCACCCACAACAGCCAGCAAAUAACAGCAAAAAAAGGAAGUCAUUUGCCUCAACUUUGGCUUUCAGUGUAAAUUGUAUCUUCAUUGGUUUUGUUUAAAAUAAAAACCUCCUAUAACUGC